UGUGUGUGUGUAUGUAAACAAACGUGUCCACACCUUCACUAGGCCGUAUCGCGGAAGUUCGCUGUGCAUAGUUUCUUAUCUUCAUCACGUAUACAUGUUUAUUAACACAGGUGUAUGAAACAACAACGGCUGUCCCUAAUCCUUACCAUGGCUUUCCUUCAGUCACUUAGCAGCGCUAAAGUCUUCAGAGAUGAUGGACUGCAUACAGAUUUCCAGACGUCCAACGCGGACUUUACCUUGGAGAUUUAUAAGCGUUUGACUAAAAUGUCCACAGACGGGAAUUUGUUCUACUCGCCUUUCUCCAUCUCUGCCGCUAUGUCCAUGGUUUAUCUUGGUGCCAGGGAGCAGACGGCAGCCCAGAUGAUUCCCGCGCUUAGAAUUCAAUCCUUAGGUCAGCGGGUGCACGAUGGUUAUGAGGAUUACUUGAAGGUGGUUUUAGGUAAAAGCGAUAACGUCACACUUCAGAUUGCCAACAGACUGUAUCCUGACAGUAAGACGGACAUUGUACCAUCUUUCAUUGAGCUAUGUGCUAAGCACUACCAAGCCGACACCAAAACAAUGGACUAUGGACAAUUUGAAACUGCAAGAAAAGAAAUCAACGAAUGGGUGAGUCAUCAGACAGCAGAGAAAAUAAAAGACCUUCUUCCUGAGGGAUCUUUAAAUCCAUUAACAAUGAUGGUAUUGGUAAACGCUAUCUACUUCAAAGGUGACUGGGAGACAAAAUUUGAUGACAAAGUUACCAGGGAUAUGACCUUUCAUAACCUCAAAGGUCAACAAAAGACUGUGAAAAUGAUGUUUCAGAAAGCUACAAAAUUUCCGCUUAAAUACGAUGAUGAAUUCAAAUGUAAGGUUUUGGAAUUGCCUUACAAAGGGAACAGCCUCUCAAUGGUCAUUAUUUUGCCAGAUGAUACAGACGGAUUGCCUGCUCUUGAAGAGAAAUUAACCCCGUCCGUACUUAAAGGACUUACGACAGAAAUGCCACCUGUAAAAGUGGAAGUGUUUCUCCCAAAAUUUAAACUUAAAUCGGGGUUUGAGCUUUCAAAAAUGUUCCAAAGUAUGGGAAUGACAGAUCUGUUUGAUAAAUCCAAAGCCGACCUGACUGGCAUAGACGCCUCCAAGAUGUCAUAUGUGUCCGCCAUAUUUCACCAAGCUUUUGUGGACGUGAACGAAGAAGGCACUGAAGCAGCAGCAGCCACAGCCGUUGUAAUGAUGAAAAGAUCAUUGCCAAGACCACCAUUACAGUUCAAGGCCGACCACCCAUUCAUGUUUGUCAUCAAAGACAAUCGGUCCAACACAAUUUUGUUUGUUGGAAGAUUUGCUGAUGUUGUUGAGGCACAAGGAAAAGAUGAAUUAUAGAAAACUCAUUUGUUCAAUUUCAUUGAUACAGAAAAUGUGGUGCUGAUGUACUUGCCUUCUGAUUUUUACAAUUGAACCCUGUCCUAGUUUGCUUGUGUAUAUGAGACUGAAAACAUCACCCUUUAAUAUAUUGUUACUACUGCUGUCAAUUGUUAUAUCCUAUAGUGUUCACACUGAUAACAUUGCAUUGAUAAUCUUUAUUAGUCCCAUGCCGUUUGAAAAACGGGGGGACUUUAGGUUUACCCUCCGUCCGUCUGUCUGUCUGUCUGUCUGUCUGUCUGUCUGUACGUCCGUCCGUCUGUCUGUCUGUCAUGCAAUAGUUGUCCGGACAACUCCUUCUAAAGUACUACUCCGAUUUUAAUGAAACUUGGUAUACAUGAUCAGUAUAACAUGUAGUUGUGCAUCGCAUCGCACAUUUUUUGUUCCAAAAACCAAUUUUUAAAAUGGCCGCCGACUUGUCAUUGGUUGAGACUUUUCCGGACAACUCCUCCUAAAGUACUACUCCGAUUUUAACGAAACUUGGUAUACAUGAUCAGUAUAACAUGUAGUUGUGCAUCGCAUCGCACAUUUUUUGUUCCAAAAACCAAUUUUUAAAAUGGCCGCCGACUUGUCAUUGGUUGAGACUUUUCCGGACAACUCCUCCUAAAGUACUACUCCGAUUUUAACGAAACUUGGUAUACAUGAUCAGUAUAACAUGUAGUUGUGCAUCCCAAUU